UUCAGGAGUCAGUUGAUGGGGACCACAUCACAAAAGUGUAAUUUAUGAGUAGCAUUUUUGUAUCACAUGCUUGAAGCUUGUCCAUACUUGCCUCAACCAUUGUCAAGUUUGCUGGUUUCCGUAAUAUAGGAAUAAGGUGGCUAUUGACUACCGCCUUCCGCAGAUAAAUAUUUCCUCCAAAGUAGCUGGUGUCUGUGUUGCCUGAUACUGUGGCACUGUGGGACUAGACUCUUCACAUUCUACAACUUACCUUUGAGGCUAGACAGUGACAGCUGCCUCUGGCUAUCAUUUUUGUCCUUAAUUGUGAACUGGAAUUUUUCUAGCCAUCCAGGAGAAUCUUUGAAAAAGUUGGAUAUUUUUUGUUUGAACAGGUAAUUGUACAAUGAGGAUUUUCAUCACCUUUGAAGGAUCUUUUGAACCGUUUGAUGUUUCAGCAGAUGAAACUGUGGAGGUUGUCAAGCUGAUGAUAAAGGAUUAUUUCCACAUUCCUCUCUCUGAAGACAAACAAGGCAGGCGGUAUCUGGAGUUAAUGUAUGCUGGAGCUGCUCUAAAGGACAGUUGGAGUCUUGCUGAUGUUGGAAUAUCUUUCUGUUCAACUCUCAAAUGCUUUGUUAAGGAAGAAGACAAGCCUACUCUAUACGUGUUCAAUGCUGUAACUCAAGACACAAUGCCAGUAAUGGAGAGCAUUUCCCUUCUUGAUAAAACAGUGUCUGAUCUGAGAACACUGGUAACUCUGAGAUGUGGCCUCCCCGUGAGUGUCUACUGUCUCCGAACCCCAAGGGGCCUAGAGAUGUAUGAUUGCAACACCCUCAAGGACUACCAGACUGAUAUUGGCACAACACUUCGCUUGGACGUCUGGGAUGGAUGGAAGGAAUUUCUCAUGGGUUGUCUCCUUGGACAAAAACUUAAAGUCCAACGCUACUUAUCAAAAGAAGGACCAGUACUCAAGUAUCAGAAAAGGGUAGCCCUGUACAUUGCUGCUUUUUGUGGGUACAUUGAACUCACUGAAUGGGCCCUGAAACAGGGUGCGCGGCCCCACGAGGCAGUCGGUGUUCACCCCUAUCGAGCAUGGUGCCAUGAAGCCCUUCAUGCAGAUGUCUCUAAAUGCCCCAUUCAUGCAGCUGCAGAAGCAGGCCAACUGUUGAUUCUGAGGGCCUUUGUCAACUGCAGUGUGCUGUGCCUGGAAUGCAAAAAUGCAGCAGGACAAACUCCCCUGACCAUUGUGUUCAAACACAAGCAUAAAGACUGUGUAUUAUAUUUGCUCAGUAAAAUGUGGUCCACAGUUUCUUUUCCAAAAAUUUCAGUCCCAAUGAGGAUUUAUAUUAAAAUAAAACAAUGGAUCCUCAGAGCUCAGAGUCACAGUCUUCAUAAAAGCCAGUUUUGUGGAGCAAGGGUCUUUGGGGCAAAAGUUGGAGACACUGUGAUGGUGGAUGGUUUCACCAAACCAAAAAUGACCUCCAAGAGCUGGCAUAAGGCUGGGAACAGCGACUCACAAAGCAUCGUGUUCAAGAUACCAUCUCUCAGCAAACAAACUGCAAGCAGCAAACCUGUCAAUCCUUUGGCAAUUUCACAGCCGGACACAAGAAAACAAGCCCUCAAAUUUCAUCCACUGGUGAAUGCAAGUACAUUCUCUGAAUUACAAAAACAUAAACAACAAAAUCAGAAAAAAAUUACUGCCACAGCUAGGAAAAAAGAAAAGCUCAUAAAAAACAGAUAUCUUCCCCAAGUCCCCCUCCCUCCAGUUUCAAGAGUGGGAUAUUCACAUCCAUCGUUUUUCUAUGCAACACCCAGUGCUGACUUUUUACUGAAGUCCUCCUUCUCAUCUUUCUUAGAGCACAGUGGGAAGACUCCAAGGGAGAACGCAAUCUACUGCUUAGCUGCGGCAAGUGCCUUUAAAGAGAAACGAUGGCUUCAGCAGUUAGAAAUAGCAAGAGUCCUGGCCAAAAAGAGCAUUUCUAACUUGACUACCCGAGGAGGUCUGACAGCAUGUGAAAACUCUCUAGAAAUUGUGCUUUGAAAAGUCAUGACAACCUCAGUUUGGACAAAGACCUGAUCAAACAGAAUGUCCAGUUCUAAUGUUAACAUUUCUAAUAACAGUUCUAAUGUUAUCAUCUCUAGCAACAGUUAUAAUGCCACAUAACUUUUAAUAGGAUAUUUAACACCAUGUUUUCUCGGACUUCAUCACACUAAGUGAAACUUUAGUGCUAUUUUUGCAUAAAGAAUAUGAGGAAGGAUUCAGAAGAAACUUAGAAUAGUAGUUGUCCACAGGGUA